AGUGAAGUGAGCGAGCACAAACGAGCACACAUCAUGGUGGCAAUUCAUAGGUUAUCCUUCCUGUAGUGUUUACUCUCUUUCUCAUCUAUUAUGUACAAAGGGCUGGGAGUUGGAGCUGUCUUCAGUUGAUCAGUCCUGAGCUUUUUAAGAUUGUGACGUGAUACCCAGGUGACUGCUUGGUGACCUCUGAAAAGGCGCUUGUUGCUCCCCCAUCGUAGCUGCAGCAGGGCAUUAUGCUCUUGAGAAGUUGCCAGCAAGGGCUCACGCACAUAGGACACCACCAUUUGCAUCAAGGUGGCCUUCUAGGAGGCAGCAUUUCUAGUAGACAAAAAGCCGUUACAGGAGGAGUGAGCAAGCAGACUGUGCCCAGAUUCUGGAAUUUCAGCGCCCUUCAAUUGUUGAGCCCAAAGACAAGUACGCACAAUGAAAGGUUGAGGUCACCAAUCUCAAUACACAAAAAGCAACAUCAGUGGGCAUUUGGGCUCAGUACUCCUGCCUCCCAUUGCUCAGAAAGGAGGACAGUGGGAAUAAGGGCAGCCAUGGCUAGUUCUUCACAGGUCACUUAUGAGAAGGGCGGCAGUCACCGUGCACCAAAUCUGAUAUUGCAGGACCACUGGUUCCAGGUUCCUCUUGACUAUGCCAAACCAGAUUCCCACUCCCUGCGGAUAUUUGCCAGGGAAGUGGUGUCUGCUAAAGCAUCAUCGGAGAAGCUGCCCUACCUGAUUUACUUGCAAGGAGGACCUGGUUUUGAGUCACCUAGGCCCACAGACGAGGGGGGCUGGCUGAAGAAGGCCUGCGAGAAGCACCGCGUCCUUCUACUAGAUCAGCGCGGCACUGGUCUCUCCUCCUCAAUAUCCGCAGCCGCUCUUUCGGCCAUUGGAUCCCCCUCCAAGCAAGCAGAGUUUUUGACGCACUUCCGCCAGGACAACAUUGUCCGAGAUUGUGAAUCCAUACGGAUCGCUCUCAAGGUCACUCAAUGGACGGUGCUUGGUCAGAGCUUUGGAGGGUUCUGCACGCUGACUUACCUGAGUCUGGCACCUGAAAGCAUAAAGACGGCAUUGAUUACUGGAGGCCUAGCGCCUGUCUCAUACGGCUGCACGGCGGAUGCUGUCUACAUGGCACUUUAUGGACAGGUGAUUCUGCAGAACCAAAAGUACUAUGCCCGCUUUCCAGAGGACGCUGCCCUUGUGCGGUCCAUUGUCCUGCACCUGGCAGACAGCCCCAGCCUGUCAGUCCCUCUUCCUUCAGGCGGAGUCCUCACUCCCCGUGGCCUCCAGCUUCUGGGGCUUUCGGGCCUGGGUUCCGCAGGAGGGUUUGAGCGCCUGCAUUAUCUACUAGAACGCGCUUGGGAUGCUUGUCUACCUGGAGGACCCGACGAAAGUGGGAAGAGCCGGAAGUUAUCCUACACCUUCUUGCGAGGGUUCGAGAACUGGCUCUCGUUCGACACGAACCCGCUGUAUGCGGUCCUGCACGAGGCAAUCUACUGCCAGGGAGAGGCUUCUCGGUGGGCCGCUCAGCGCAUUCGAGAGCAGAAACACCUCGCCACCAAGUUCGAUGCCGUGCAAGCUGCACGGGAGGAUCGGCCGGUCUACUUCACCGGGGAGAUGAUCUUCCCCUGGAUGUUCGACGAGUUGGCCGGGCUUCGGGAGCUCAAAGAGGUCGCUGACAUCCUGGCUGAAAAGGCAGACUGGGGCGAGCUGUACCGCACAGACGUUCUUAGAGAAAACAACGUGCCCGUUGCCGCGUGUUGCUAUUACGAAGACAUGUAUGUGGACUUUGGGCUAUCGCAAGGGACGGCGGCCGGUGUCAAAGGCUUGCGUUUGUGGGUGACAAGCGAGUUCCAACACUCCGGGAUCCGAGAAGAUGGACCGAGGGUACUGGAGAAGCUGUUGGCGCUUGCGUCUGAACAACACCCUCUGAAUUGAUUCUUGCGUGCAGUCUGCAAGUGUUGUAGUCUAAGCUGCCAGCGUUGAUUACGUUGCAACCGCAUGAAGGAGCGAAUCACUAAUUGGCCACUAAUUCAGUUGGAAACUGUCGGAAGUGAUGAAGGUGGUGUUGCGAGGGGACAUGCAUCGAUUGACCUGCGAGUCGAGAAUCGAAGUCAAACCCUCUACCAGUGUUGAAGCACAACUUGACCGACAAUUUUGGCGGAACUUAUAACAAGUCGUUCAAACACGGGCAGAUUCGGAGUCCAGGGCUCAGCUUGAGUCGGUUUGCGAGUGG